UCAUAACACACUCACUUGAUAUCAGCCAAAGCCACUGUAUUUAUUACUGGAACUUUAUGAUUGUGAGCUGCAGGAAAGACACGACCUUAUAGGUCACUAAUGGUUUACUCGGAUCUAAAGCGCAGUUCACCACCAUAACAUGUCACUUAAUUGGUGUGGUGAAUGUGAGAACCACCGAGGAAGCAGAACCAGCAACAUAUGGAACCAUUAAAAGCACACAGCAACCGCUGCAUGGCGGCUGCCAGUGUGUAGCAGAGCUGCACCACUAAAGGCCCAGUUGUGGUUCCACCGACAGUAGAAAAACAACGACAACAACAAGAACAACACAAAGCAAAACACUGGACGCCAUAUGGAGCCACACAGGCUUUUUUCAGCUGUGAAGAUUUGAGUGGAACGUCAAUUCUGAAAGAUUUAAUAAACCGUAACUAUAUUUAGUUAUGGAUUACCAUGAUACAUCAGCGUUUAAAAUCAAAUGGCAUGUAUUAAGAUUUAUUAAAACAAAAGCAGGUGUGUCAGCAGUACAUUUUAUUACAUAUAAACUGUGUUGUAUCAUUAUAUGAAUGCACUCAUUGUUUGCUGUGCGCGUUCACCCCUUUCUGGACUUUAAAACAAUCAUUUCAUAUACAAGUAGAAACGUGUGAUGCGCUUAAAUAUAUGAAGAUGUGCGUGCGUAAAAGGACGUUAAAGGAAGUGCUGGACGUGUCCGGCACACGCGCUGUCAUCAUAGUCUUAUGAUCAUGAAGGUUUUCAUUUAUGUAUGUUUUUAAAUCAGGCUCCAUGAGAUAAAGAAGAUAAACAAUACCAUACAAAGUUUUGCAUUACAUUAAAACAGACCACACAUUUAUUGUCUGUGGUUUUCAAAAUACACGCACCCAAUGUCGCUGUACAUCUAUUUACAACAUAUUACAACUUGGCACCUAUGAAAACAUAAACAACAAAACCGUGUUCGCUCCUCUCCCGUGUCGUGUUCGCCUUUGCCUGUAUAUUCGCCCCCAAACGUUCUCCCCAAAAGUAGGCGGUAAUUAUUAGUGGAAAAUGGCGUUGCACUAUUAAGUCGCCAAAGCGCAUCUUGCUAUUGGAGGGGCACCUGGGAUUGAUGAGGCGCAGUGGCCAAUGAGGCUGCGAGGAAAGAAUGAACGGGCUCCAGUUAAAGGGGGCGGAAGAGGAGGUAGAGCCAGUCCACGGAGAAACAGGGAGCCUCCGCGUUAAAGGCAGGCAAAGCCACAGAAACAAAUACAAACCCCAAUCGGAACAGCGAUUUUUUGAGAUGCUCCUGCUACUUUCGCCCUGUGCACGCAGAGGACACCUAGUAAGAUAAUUAUUUAAUUCUUCCUGUGCAAUCUGAACGCAAACCAACUGUCGCAGUCAAGAGGAGGGGACUCGAGGAAACUCUUCAAUACAUUUGGAUUUUUUUUUUUUCAGUCAAGUUAACUAGAAUCAAAUUCAGUCUCUGCUAAGCCAAGCUGAUUUUUUUUCCCUCCCCAUGAUCGGAGCAACGUUUUGAAUCACACCUGAUAUGGUGUUUUCAAGGUUGGAAGUUGAAUCGUUGCGUGCCAGCGUCAACAUUUGAUUUGUUUUUUUUUUCUUUCAAGUUAAUCGCUGUAGCCCUGAGCGGUGCUGAUUUAAGUUAAAAAAAAAAAAAAAGAAUAUUUUUGUUUGUUGAAUAAAAUGUUGCUGGAUGCCGGUCACCAGUUCCCCGGACUGGGAGUGGGCUCGUUUGCCAGGCAUCACUCAGCGAGCGAGAUGCAGGACAGAGACUUGAGUUUGGCACAGAAUAGCUUUGUAGACUCGGCACACAUGGGCGCGUUUAAGCUCAACCAUGAUCUGUCUCCGGGACAGAGCUCUGCCUUCACCUCCCAGGCGCCGGGUUACCCCGCUGCGGCUCUGGGGGCUCACGCCGCCCAUGUCACGUCGUAUGCGAGCUCGCCUUUCAACUCCACCAGGGACUUUCUCUUUCGCAGUCGUGGCUUCGGUGAAUCCUCUCCGGCGAGCAGCCAACACACUAUUUUUGGCCCCACGGCGGGAUCCCUCCAUCACUCCCACACAGACACUCAAGGCCACAUUCUGUUCCCCGGGAUCCACGAGCAACAUGGGUCCCACGGAUCCCCGAAUGUCCUGAACGGCCAAAUGAGGCUCGGACUACCCGGUGAAGUUUUCGGACGCUCCGACCAGUACCACCAGGUCUCCAGCCCGAGGACCGACCCGUACUCGGCCGCACAGCUCCACAACCAGUACGGCUCCAUGAAUAUGAACAUGGGGAUGAACAUGGCAGCGCAUCACCACCCCGGUGCCUUUUUCCGCUACAUGAGGCAACAGUGCAUCAAGCAGGAGCUCAUCUGCAAGUGGAUCGACCCCGAGCAGCUCAGCAACCCGAAGAAGUGUUGCAACAAAACUUUUAGCACCAUGCACGAGCUGGUCACGCACGUAACCGUGGAACACGUCGGUGGACCGGAGCAGACGAACCACAUCUGCUUCUGGGAGGAAUGCGCCCGGGAGAGCAAACCGUUCAAGGCGAAAUACAAACUGGUUAACCACAUUCGGGUGCACACCGGAGAGAAGCCUUUUCCCUGCCCGUUCCCCGGCUGUGGAAAGGUCUUCGCACGGUCGGAGAACUUGAAGAUACACAAGAGGACACACACAGGAGAGAAGCCGUUCCAGUGUGAGUUUGAAGGCUGCGACAGAAGGUUUGCAAACAGCAGCGACCGAAAGAAACACAUGCACGUUCACACGUCGGACAAGCCUUAUCUGUGCAAGAUGUGUGACAAGUCCUACACACACCCCAGCUCCCUAAGAAAACACAUGAAGGUCCACGAAGCCUCCCCACCAGCAUCAGACUCAUCACCAGCAGCCAGCUCUGGGUAUGAAUCAUCCACACCCCCAGGCCUGGUGUCUCCCACCACCGAGACCCAGAGCAACACCACCAUGUCCCCAGCCUCAGCUGUCCACAACAGCAACACCAGCCACAGUGUCCUAUCCUCCAAUUUCAGUGAAUGGUAUGUGUAGUAGGACUAAAAGAUGAAACGAAGCCACACACACACUGGCUUCACAGCACUGGAACAUCCAGCAGCAGAUCUGGGACACGUGCACACAAAAGAGGCACACACACACACACAACAAAAAAAACAUUUAUUUUUUAUUGUGUUACUUUUGAUUCACCAGGGAUGAUGAUGAUAACCAACAGAGGAAAAUAUGUAUAAUAGUCGAGGUGUAUUUCAUAUUGUAAAUAAUUACUAAAAGCCCACUUUUCCCAUUGGUUGUGCUAGUUUGUCAGUCUUUGGUGUAUAGAUGUUCCUUCAAUGGUAGCUAUUUCUCUAACUGGACUUUUAGUGCACAUAUUACAAUAAAAUUGUACUAUACUGUUGAAUAUUGUGAUCUUAAGGCAAAUUGAUUGUACUAUACUUAACACCUAUAAACUGGAAAGAGUGCCAAAGUUAACAUUUAACUCAAACAGACCACAAUAUUAUGCUUGUGAAUGUAUAUUUUAGUUUGCUGGGCUUAACUUGUGAUGUUUUGUGCUUUGCAAGUUUGAAUUGUGAAAUACUAUCUGGAAGAUUGUGGGGGAAAAUAAACGUUGUGCCGUUGGAUUUUCUGUAACUACACCCAUCCUUUUUUUGUAAAUAUCAGCUGCCAUAUUUAUCCAUUUGUAAUUAAAUUAUGGUAUUUACUUGCUACAGAUGAAACAGUAUUUAUAAAGAAUGUUUCUUAACUAUAAAUAUGUACAAUUACGAGCUAAACAUGGGCAGUGGUUUCGUUUUGUGCUUUUGUUCAAAGUUUUAAGAGGUGUUUCCUUCCUUAUUGUGAUAAGAAUUUUACUGCAUACAAAUAUAAUAAAAGGUGUUGCAAGUGCUAAA